UCAUGCUCCUAGCUUCCAGGCGGAACCACACUCGCACCCCGUCGCACCGCUCCCCCCUCCCCCGAGUUUGUUUUCCUGCCCCGUGUAAUUACUCGAUUAUUGUGUUGGCAGUUUAUUGAUUUUUUCCCGCGGUGGUGUUUACCCCAGUUUUCCCGGCUCCGCGCCGCGCUCGCCCGCUUUUCCGGGGGCCCUAAAUGGUUUCGAGGGUUUUCUCGUGGUGACGGAUACUCGCCCGGCGAACAUGUUGACCGACGUGAAUCAUAUGGCAAGAAUGCCCGGCUCCAUUUACAACACUCAUCAGUUGACGCAUUUGAACUUGAAUCGAACGGAUCCAGAGGAUUUCCACUUUUCGAAGGUGCCAGAAAUACAAAGUGCUUUGGCCGGAAAGUCUUGUGGCAGUGAUGCAUGGCCAACAGAACAAGAAAUUAUGGAACACCCAGGUCUCCGUGGAACUCCCCUCGCGAUGCUCGCAGCACAGUGCAACAAGCUCUCAUCUAAGUCGCCACCCCCUUUGGCGGACGCCGUCGUAGGGAAAGGCUUCCACCCUUGGAAGAAAUCCCCCCAGGGCGGGAGCCCGACCCCCUCCUCAGGCCUGCCGCAGCGCUCUUCGGCGACCUCCACGCCGGCCAGCUCCGUCUACUCCAGUCGGCCGGCCACCUCGAGCUGCACGACCCCCGCCUCCUACGGCAGCGACAUCUACUUCCCCGGCUCGGCCCAAGCCCAGGACUCACCCCACCAAUCCCCCCUCCUCGGCAAGGUCGACUCCCACGCCGCCCUCGGCUCCGUCUACGGCCGGCACCCCUACGAGUCAUGGGCCUUCAACCACGGCUCCAUCAAACCAGAGGUCAACGCCGGCUGGUGGGACGUCCACAACGCCGCCAGCGGGUGGCUCGACGUCGGCCACGCCCAGAUGGCCAACUACCAGCCGGACUACUCCUCGCUCAGCCACAGCCUCGCCGCCUCCAACACGGCCCACCUCCUGUCCUCCGGGCAGCACCUCCUGCAGGACACCUACAAGUCCAUGCUCCCCGGCCAGGGCUCCUUCGGCCUGGGCCACGCCGCCACGAGCCCCGCCUCAGUCUCCGGCGUGUCGUCGCCCCAGGCGCCCUCCCCGCGAUCUCAACGGAGAUACACCGGGCGGGCCACGUGCGACUGCCCCAACUGCCAGGAGGCCGAGCGGCUGGGCCCGGCGGGCGUGCACCUGCGCAAGAAGAACAUUCACAGUUGCCAUAUCCCGGGCUGCGGGAAGGUCUACGGGAAGACCUCCCACCUGAAGGCCCACCUGAGGUGGCACACCGGAGAGCGCCCGUUCGUUUGUAACUGGUUGUUUUGCGGGAAGAGGUUCACGCGGUCCGACGAACUUCAAAGACACCUCAGGACCCACACCGGGGAGAAAAGGUUCGCGUGCCCGGUGUGCAACAAGCGCUUCAUGCGCUCCGACCACCUCGCGAAACACGUGAAGACCCACAACGGCAACGGGAGCAAGAAGGGAAGCUCGGAGUCAUGUUCUGACUCCGAGGAGAACAGCCAGCCUGACGGCGGGCAGGUCAACUCCCCUCUCUCCGGCGACGCCAUGGACGUCAAGCCGGGGCUCCUCUGAGACGGGUGGGGCGGCGGCCGCGCCACGUGAGCCCCCAGUCGCCCCCCCGCCCCGGGCCAGGCCCCAGGAUGACCCAAGUCUUUCGCCCCGCCAGACCCCCGCCAGGGUCUUCCGGUCAGCCACGGCUGAUUUUGUCAUUUCGUUAAAUCGUGAACCCUUCAUGUCAGUAGAUCCUACUGAGUUGUUCCAGUGGGCUCAUUGUUGAAAUUGAUAGACAAAGCGAUGGACAAACAGGACAUAGGGAGUAUAGAUCGAUCCUACUGGUUGACAUGGUUGGUUCUUUUGUAAGGAUAACAAUGAUGGACUAAUAACUGUCGGGACUUUGGUUGGUUGCCGUUAGUUAGGCCAUUACCUACCUCCUAUGUCCAUUGCCAC